AAGGAGGAUGAGAGAGAACCACAACAAGUUCCUAUUGAUGGCUGCAUACUAGGGAAAAUUAAAGGGGCUACCUGGAAGAGGAAACCAUCUACCUCAGGUAGAAAUCAAAGGAAGUGCGUAGAUGAUAGGGCUAAAGCAGGAGAUCAGUCAAAUAAGAGAGAUAGGGAGGAUUAUCAAAAUCAAACCAGCCCAGAGGGAAAGAUGGAUGGAGUCUUUGUGGUAGGUGGUUUUUGGAGAAGCCAAUGGGUACUAGAGGUGGCUUAUUAUUGCUCUGGACUUGGUGAUUAUCAUUGGGUACCUGGACUGAAUGGAGGCAAACCUGAAAUUAAAGUGCAAAUAGAUGCCAACAUGUUCAGAGUGAAGGACUUAUUAUGUAAUGGUGGGGUCAGCUGGGAUAGUACCUUGAUUAAAGCCUUGUUUAAGGAUGGAGAUGCUUCUGAAAUUUUGAAGAUCAAGGGACUGAAUCCUAACUCUGAGGAUGUGCUAAAAUGCUCUUUUGCUACCAAAGGAAAAUUUUCUGUGAAGACUGCCUAC